AUGCCUAGGGCAAGAGGCGAUGGGGAUAAAAAGAAGGGGUUGGUAACUUGGAUAGUGGUAUUGGCUAUCAUUUGUGGUUGUGUUUACUUAUAUUCUCGAAGCAGUGGAACAUCUGCUUUGGAAUAUGGCAGUAGAUCCCUAAGGAAGUUAGGUUCUUCUUAUUUGGGCGGGGAUGGUGAUGGUGAUGGUGAUGAAGCUUCCAACAAAUUUGUCGAAGAACUACAGGAUGAUGUUAUGCUUAAAAGCAUUCCGGUUUGUGAUGAUCGCCAUUCAGAGCUGAUUCCUUGUUUAGAUAGAAAUCUUAUAUAUCAGACAAGAUUGAAGCUGGAUUUGUCUUUGAUGGAGCACUAUGAGAGACAUUGCCCAGUUCCGGAAAGGCGCUUUAAUUGCUUGAUUCCUCCUCCACCUGGGUACAAGGUUCCAAUAAAAUGGCCCAAGAGUAGAGAUGAGGUCUGGAAAGCAAAUAUACCUCACACCCACCUGGCAAGUGAAAAAUCUGAUCAGAACUGGAUGGUUGUUAGAGGUGACAAGAUUGCAUUCCCUGGAGGUGGGACACACUUCCAUUAUGGAGCUGAUAAGUAUAUAGCCUCAAUCGCAAAUAUGCUAAACUUUCCAAAAAACAUUUUAAACAAUGGUGGAAUGCUCCGGACGGUCCUCGAUGUGGGUUGUGGAGUUGCAAGUUUUGGAGGAUAUCUGCUUUCUUCUGAUAUUAUUGCAAUGUCAGUGGCACCAAAUGAUGUUCAUCAAAACCAGAUCCAGUUUGCCUUAGAAAGAGGAAUCCCUGCAUACCUUGGCGUUUUAGGGACAAAGAGACUUCCUUACCCAAGUAGAUCUUUUGAACUUGCACAUUGUUCUCGCUGUAGGAUUGAUUGGCUUCAACGAAACGGAAUCCUUCUUCUCGAGCUAGAUAGGUUGCUUAGACCUGGAGGCUACUUCGCAUACUCAUCUCCUGAGGCCUAUGCACAAGAUGCAGAGGAUUUGAGAAUUUGGAGAGAAAUGAGCGCUCUUGUCGAACGAAUGUGUUGGAAGGUAGCUGCUAAAAGGGAUCAGACAGUUAUCUGGGCCAAGCCUCUGACAAAUGACUGUUACAUGGACAGAGAACCCGGCACUCAGCCUCCUCUCUGCAAAUCUGAUGAUGACCCAGAUGCAGUAUGGGGUGUGCCCAUGGAAGCUUGCAUCACUCCGUAUUCUGAUCAGAAUCAUAAAGCAAGAGGGAUUGGAUUGGCCCCUUGGCCUGCUCGGUUGACUGCUCCUCCUCCCCGUCUCGCUGACUUUGGCUAUUCUAAUGAAAUGUUUGAAAAGGAUAUGGAGGUGUGGCAGCUAAGAGUUGAGAAUUAUUGGAAUCUUUUAAGCCCAAAGAUUGAGCCCAAUACACUGAGGAAUAUUAUUGACAUGAAGGCAAACCUAGGGUCAUUUGCAGCUGCUCUGAAGAGCAAAGAUGUUUGGGUUAUGAAUGUCGUGCCUGAAGAUGGACCUAACACUCUCAAAAUAAUAUAUGACAGAGGCUUGAUAGGCUCUGUGCACAACUGGUGCGAACCCUAUUCUACCUAUCCAAGGACUUAUGAUCUACUCCAUGCUUGGACGAUCUUCUCUGACAUUGAAAAGAAAGAUUGUGGUGCUGAGGAUCUAUUAAUUGAGAUGGACCGCAUCCUGAGACCUACAGGCUUCAUCAUUAUCCGAGAUAAACGAUCGGUGGUGGAGUUCAUAAAGAAACAUAUAUCGGCACUACAUUGGGAAGCAGUGGCAACAGCUGAUACUGAAGGAGACUCCGAGCACGAUGAGGAUGAUGUGGUGUUCAUCAUCCAAAAGAAGCUGUGGUUAACAAGUGAGAGUUUCAGGGAAACAGAGUGA